UGGUCAGUGAUGGUUGAUAGCUCUAGUAUCGUACCUACCUAUCUCCUACUAAAACCAACCCUCUUACAACGUCUUCGACCUAUCACAAUUGUUCUUUGUUUGCGACAUCAUACGCCAGUCACGAACCUGACAGCCAUCAAUAUCAUUCCCCUUUCGCCUAAAUCGAUUUAUACAUAAGCCAGACUUCUGUAAAAUAACAGGAUGUCGGCCCAAAACUCGGCAGGCAUCCAGACCCUACUCGAUGCUGAGAGGGAAGCUUCCAAGAUAGUCCAAAAAGCCCGGGAAUUCCGAACCAAAAGAGUACGAGAGGCACGAGACGAGGCCAAGAAAGAGAUAGAAGCCUAUCGCAAAUCGAAAGACGAUGAGUUCAAGAAAUUCGAGGCCGAGCAUACCCAAGGCAACAAGCAAGCCGAAGACGAGGCUAACAAGGAGGCCGAUGCCAAGAUCCAGGAGAUCCAUGCCGCUGGCAAGAAGAGCCAGUCUAAAGUUGUCGUGGACCUACUAGAUGCCGUAUUCGAAGUAAAGCCAGUCCCACCCGAGAAGGCAUAAAUAUACGUCGUCCACCUAAAGAAAUAGCCCACGUCUGGGAAUACAUUGAGAGGGAGAACUGGCAUGUUAUACCGCGACAGGUAUUCGUGCCAAAGGGGUUCGAAUCGUAUUACGUAUUAUUUAGUACUGUCUCCAGUACUGCAAUUGCCAAAUGUCUUGAAGGAAACAUCAAAACAAGGGGAGUUGUUCGGUUCCGCUAGCUGCAAGAAGCUUGUCUUGUCUGUUCAUAGAAGACAUCUGAGGUAUCCAGGAAUGCCGCGCUAAGAAGCCAGUACGAUACGCAUUAUUUAUCAAUUGAUUCAUCUCGAAGCUAGAACCUAUGCUAUCUA